AUGGGAUUUUGCAAGAUUGCAGUGCUGUGCGUAGUGCUUUCUUUAUUUUUACAUUCUGUUCAGUGUACAACAACAAGAUAUUUCACCUAUGAAGAGGAUGCGCCGGGGACAGAGAUAGGAAAUCUGUCCCAAGAUUUAAAGAUUGAUCCAGCCGAUGACCCUGACACAUCUUUCCGCUUCAUGCAAGAAAACAACUCCUCUGUGAUUGAGAUGAGAGAGAUUGACGGACUCCUGAGUGUCGCAGAGGUAAUCGACAGAGAGCAGCUCUGUCCCAGAUCCCCGCGCUGCUUCAUCACCUUCGACGUCGUGGCCUUCUCCAAAGAAAAGUUUCAGCUCAUACACGUAGAGAUCGAGGUCAAAGACAUUAACGACCACUCUCCACAUUUUAUGCGCAAUGAGACGCACCUGGAGAUUGUGGAGAAUGUCCCGCUGGACUCCAGAUUCCCGCUGCAGAUUGCUCUCGACCAGGACGUGGGUGAAAACUACAUUCAGAGGUAUAACAUUUCCCCUUCUACUCAUUUUGCCAUUGAAGUGCGCGAUCGGGAGGAUGGAGUGAAGUUUGCAGAGCUGGUGCUGGUGAGGGAGCUCGACAGAGAGGUGGAGGACUCUUACACUAUCGAAGUGACUGCAAGUGACGGAGGAGUGCCUGCAAAGUCCGGGUCAAUGAUUGUAAAUAUCAGCGUGUUGGACUUUAAUGACAACAGCCCGACGUUUGAGCACAGCUCGCUAAAAGUUGAGCUGAAUGAAGACGCGCCGGUGGGUCACCGGGUUCUCAAAGUGCACGCGUUUGACCCCGACGACGGCGUCAACGGCGAGGUGACGUACGCGUUUGCUGACGGGCUUUCACCAGAAGCGGGGCGCCUUUUCCACCUUGAUCCUUACUCCGGGGACGUGACAUUAAAGGCGCUGGUUGAUUUUGAGAAAAGGAGGUCAUACGAGCUAAAUAUUAAAGCGUCAGAUUCAGGCGCGAGCUCUGUCCCGUCCAGCUGCAAAGUUGUGAUCGACAUCGUGGACGUGAAUGACAAUGCACCUGAGAUCAGCAUCAAGCCGAUGACUUCCAGCAGUGAUGGGGUCGCCUACAUCACAGAAGCUGCAGCUGCGGAGAGCUUCGUGGCUCUGAUCAGCACCUCGGACAGAGACUCUGGCUCCAACGGGUACGUGCGCAUCAGCCUGCUCGGGCACGAGCAUUUCACCCUGCAGCAGGCAUAUGGGGACUCUUUCAUGAUUAUCACCAGCACUACUUUAGACAGAGAGAAGAUCUCAGAGUAUAACCUGACUGUGAUUGCAGAGGACCUGGGCAGCCCACCCUUUAAAACUGUCAGGCAGUAUACAAUUCGUGUUACAGAUGAGAAUGACAACCCCCCUCUCUUCAGUAAGUCACUUUAUGAAGUUUCAGUGCUUGAAAAUAACAUCCCAGGCUCAUAUGUAACCACUGUUGUUGCCCGUGAUCCUGAUGUGGGGAAGAAUGCUAAAGUAUCAUACAAACUCAUAGAUUCAGAGGUGCCAGGAGGAUCUCCAGUGUCCACUUAUGUGUCUGUGGACUCACUCUCAGGGUCUUUGUACUCUUUAAGGUCUUUUGAUUAUGAAACUCUGCAGCAGAUUGAGCUGGUCAUCCAAGCUGAAGACAGAGGGUCCCCCUCAUUUUCAAGCACAUCAACAAUCAGAAUAAGAGUUGUUGAUCUGAAUGACAACUAUCCAUACUUUACCUUCCCUGUCUUUGUGAACGACUCUGCUGACAUCCCUCUGCCUUUUAAUGCACCUGCUGGCUAUCUUGCCCUCCGCGUCUCAGCUGAGGAUGAAGACGAGGGAGUGAAUGGCAAGCUCACUUACCAAAUUGUACAAGGUGACCCGCAGCUUUUUGCAAUGAACAAAGACACUGGAGAAAUUGCUUUGAAACAAUGGCUGACAUCUGAAAUUGGAGACAUGCUGGAAUUGAAAAUCGCCGUGAGUGACAAUGGCAGGUCCCCGCUCUCCAGCAGUGCCACCAUUAGGUUUGUUGUUUCAGACACACAGCCCUCUGAAGACCAAGUUGUCAUUGUGUUGCGGUCAAGUGAUGAAGAAGGCUCUGGCUUGGACGGCUCGCUAAUUGUCAUUAUUAUGCUCAGCGGGGGCUGCGCUUUGUUGCUGAUUGCAAUAGUGGUUGUUGUUGUGACAUGCAAACUCAGCCGUGGUGGGAGAAACCAGGGCUCAAAGAGAGAGGUGUGUCACAGCCUGUUUGACAGCAGGCCCAUGCCCAUGCUCGGCUCAACAGAACCGAACAUAUACACCGGCCAGCGAGGCUUCUUCCACGAUAGGACCUCUUCGUCUCUGGAUGGUUCCUGCCUGUAUGAGGAGAGGAGUGGGGACUCAGAGACAAAGAUGUUCCUGCCCUCCAAGCAUUUCCAAGCAACAUCUGUGUGGCAAAGUGACAAAUACUGCUUGCAAGUGAGUGGCAUUGGCAACAGCGACCAGCUGAGCGUGAAGGACAGUGGCAAAGGGGACAGUGACUUUAACGACAGUGACUCUGAUAUCAGUGGCGAUGGAGGCAAAAAGAACUUCAGUACCUUCCAGCCAAGGCUGAAGAGUUCAUCCAGUGCUGCGAACAGCAUGUCUGACUGCCAAGGCACGUACUGCGCAGUACCACCGCAGAGCCUCAGAGGCCCCAGAGACAAUGCCUACACAAUAGGCUUUUCCUCGGUUCCAGUCUUUAACAAUCCUCAUGGCUAUCCCCACUUUUGGAAGGACUCUGGUUAUGGCACAAAUCGCCCCAAAUCAAGAAGCAGCAUACAGACCUUCUCCAGGACCGGGACCCUUCCUUCUUACUUUCCUCAGCAGCAGCGUGAUGCGGGUGCUGGAGAUGCUGAAAUCCAGAACCAGAGUCCAAAUAUUGUAACUGUGGCUACGGCAUUAGAGGUUGCAACUAUCUUUUAA